AGUGUGUGAUAGAAGAAUCAUAUAUUCGGGUGUUAGAUCCCGAGAAACAGCUCACCUCCAGCGAGAUGAAGUCACUGCUGAGACUGUCAUUGCUAUUGGUCAUCAUGCACUCGCAAAUUCAGGGUGUUCGUUCUGAUAGAGUGUUACGUCUGCUUUCCACUCCCGCUUCAUGGAGUGGAGCCAAUGACUUGUGCAAAGUAGCUGGUGGUCAGUUGGCCAGAGUGUCCAAGAGUGACCUAUCAACUCUUAAAGACUGUCCCGAACUUAUGGAGGAAACGGGUUCCUACUGGGCAGCUGGUUACAACUUCUUAACGCCUUGGUUGGAAUUGAUUGGAUGUUUUCAAGUAACAACAGGAAGUGUAUUUUCCGAUGUCAGUGACUUCGAUGAAUGCUACCAGAUUUGUAAACAAUCAGUUAAUUUUGGACUUCAGGAAGGUGGAAAAUGCAUUUGCUUAGAUUCUACUGACAGUCUCACUUUUACUGCCUCUCAGAGUUGUCUCCCGUGUCAGGGAGGAUCUCAAUAUAGCUGUGGUAGUCCCAACCACAUAGCCCUAUAUCGCCCAUAUACAUAUGACUUGGAUACCCGUUUCUGUGAGUUGGAAAAGAACGAGACGUGUGACUGUGGUGUGUUCCAGUGUGAACCAUCUCCUGUUCUCCCGGAGAACUCCACAUGGACUUACUUCUCCAGGAACUGUUCCAGCAAACUGCAGGCAUCGUGUAGCGAUGGGACUUUUACGGACGAAAACCUGGCAUGGGUUGACAGUAGACAAGCCUGUAUCACCAAAGGUAGCUACAUGUCUGGUCCGAAUAUUUUAGACUGGUGCAGUACAUCAAAUGUUACGCUUCGAAAACCUUACUGGGGACACUUCCACCGAGACAGAACAACGCUUUACGCUGAUACCACCAAUGUGAGCGACUCCGAUAUUUCCAGAAUUAGAGAAUGUCAAUAUUUCUCAGUCAUUGAUGAUGACGUGAAGUUGAUAUCAACUCCAGCUUGUUCUGAGACCAAAGGAUAUCUAUGCUCAUUUGAUUCUGAUCAGGGUGAUGUAAAUGAUUGCUUGGUGCGAACGACCACCACAACAUCUACAACAACGACUACGACCACUACAACACCAUCCCCUACAACAACUACCACUACGACCACGACAACUACACCUGCACCAACUACUAUGACCACGACAACGACACCUGUACCAACGACUACGACCAUGUCUCCUACCACACGCUCUUCAUCUACUACACCAAUGACUACUACUUCGAGUGGAAGUGUUGGAGCGAUCAAGGACGGAGUAACACUUACAGAUGAACAAAGAACAGGAGUGAUAGCAGGCUGUGUCAUUGGUGUUGGAAUUCUCAUCAUCAUCAUAAUGGUUGCCUGUAACUGGAGGAAAAAAGUAAAAGAACCGAAGGACACAAGCAAUAUUGAAAAAGGACGGAGUUAUUUUCAAACAGGCUCAGUAAAAUAUGAAAAUGGGCAUUUUGAAAAUCAAAGCGAUAUCAAACGACAACCGUCCAGUUACCCAUAUAAAGCAACAUCGUCCUUCGCUGCCCCAGUGACGGAAUCAUUGGAAUAUCCUGAUAGGGACGAACAGACAGAGGGAACAUCUGAUGAGACGGCCAUUCCGAGUCCCGACGAAGACGAUAAAGCAAUAGUUAAUACCUUACAUCUAAAACAAGAAUAUAAGGAAGACGACUCUCCACCGACUCCAUGUGUACCAACGGAAAACCGUGAUCUAUCACCAUAUCCAGGCAACGUCAAUGAUUAUAUAACACCUUCACAGGAUGCUCCGCCACAAGAUCCUUCGCCCGUCCAUUCUGUUGCUUUAGAACCGAACUACAUGUAUGAAGACGGUUCACAACAAGGAAUGACACCUGAUGAUUCGGAAUUUGAUGAUGGAGACGAUGAUGGUGAGUUUGGUAUUCCUUUCAGCAACCCUGAAACAGGACCAGAAAUGGAAGAACCAGAUAUAAACGCAGAUAACGAACCAGUUUCUGAACCUGUGAACACAAACGAGGAGCAACCCGCAAGUGUACCGGAAAAUAUAAUUCCACACGAGGAUGAACCCGUUGUGUCCAAACGUCCAGCAUACGUAAGCUUUAUACAAGUUGUAGCGACAGCAACGGAAGACACUGUUCUGUAAAAAAGAAAUGGCGUUAACAGUUUACUAUGCACAGCUUUGUUCGGGCCACAACAUAGCUACUUGUUUAUAAUCACGAUAUAUGUAUAUUAGAUUAUAUAACAAGGAGAGAGAAAUUCAAAGCAGAUAUACAUGGAAAUUUUUAGAUUGUUUUGUGCAAUAGUUUUUAUACAUGUGUACGUAUGAAGCGUUGGAUGGACAGCUUAACAGACUGAGUAAAAGGUUUAUGGCGUGUGGGGAGAAAAUCACAUAUAUCCAUAUCUUAAUCAGUGGAAAUUAACCUUUUUUUUAUUAAAUAUCCUUAAAGCUAAUAUCUCGUAAAUAUAAAUUCCUUUUCAUGAAUG